AUGUUUAAGAUCAAGCGCUUCCUGGCUAAGAAGCAGAAGCAGAACCGGCUGAUUCCCCAAUGGAUCCGCAUGAAAACCGGCAAUAAAAUCAGUUACAACUCCAAGUGGAGGCACUGA